CCAGCCCGAAAAUGUGCGCGCACACGGAGCGCGCGCGCACACAGACGACUUGGUUUCCGUGCGUAAAGAGGCACGCCAGGAAGGAAGCGAAGCGAGCCAAGCGAAACCAUCAUGCUGGCUCGAAAAAGCAUCAUCCCGGAGGAGUUCGGGCUGCCGGGCCUGGUGUCCCGCAUGCCCCGCAAGCCGGUCUUCCGCGACCGCGUCAACAAGGCGCGCUUCAUCGCCAAGAACGGCUCGUGCAACCUGGCGCACAAGAACAUCCGCGAGCAGGGCCGCUUCCUGCAGGACGUCUUCACCACGCUGGUGGACCUCAAGUGGCGCUUCACGCUGGUCAUCUUCACCACCACCUUCGUCAGCAGCUGGCUCCUCUUCGCCAUGAGCUGGUGGCUGGUGGCCUUCGCGCACGGAGACCUGGACCCGAAGCGUCUCGGCGCCGUGCAUUGCGUCACCCACGUCAAGUCCUUCGCGUCGGCCUUCCUGUUCUCCAUCGAGGUGCAGGUGACCAUCGGUUUCGGCGGGCGCAUGAUCACCGAGCAGUGUCCCGCCGCCAUCACCGUGCUCAUCCUGCAGAACAUCGUGGGCCUCAUCAUCAACGCCGUCAUGCUGGGUUGCAUCUUCAUGAAGACGGCGCAGUCGAACCGGCGCGCCGAGACGCUCAUCUUCAGCCGCCACGCCGUCAUCGCCGUGCGCAACAACCGCCUGUGCUUCAUGAUCCGCAUCGGCGACCUGCGGAAGAGCAUGAUCAUCGGGGCCACCGUCCGCCUGCAGGUGGUGAGGAAGACGACCACUCCCGAGGGCGAGGUGAUCCCCAUCCACCAGAUCGACGUCCAGACGGAGAGCGCCUUGGCCAGCAACAGCCUCUUCUUGCUCGCCCCGCUCAUCAUCUGCCACGUCAUCGACAAGAACAGUCCGCUGUACGAGUUGUCGGCCAUGGAGCUCCAGUGCAGCGACCUGGAGGUGAUCGUCAUCCUGGAGGGGGUGGUGGAGACCACCGGCAUCACCACGCAAGCCCGCACCUCCUACGUCUCCGAGGAGAUCCAGUGGGGCCACCGCUUCGUUCCCAUCGUGACCGAGGAGGAGGGCGUCUACUGCGUCGACUACUCCAAGUUCGGCAACACAGUGCGGGUGGCCACGCCCCGCUGCAGCGCCCGCGAGCUGGACGAGAAGCCGUCCAUCUUGAUCCAGACCCUGCAAAAGAGCGAGCUGUCCCACCAGAAUUCCCUGAGGAAGAGAAACUCCAUGCGGCGCAACAACUCCAUGCGCAAAGGCGGCGGCGGGGGCGGCGGCGGGAGCAGCGGAAGCCUGCGGCGAAACAACUCGGCCAUGCUCUCGCCCAAGGUGCAGUUCUUCACGCCCGUCGAGGGCGGUCAGAGCGUGAACGCCGUCACCUGACACGAGGCCUGCGUGCUGCUGCUUUGCCUUCUGUGCUUGACCUCUGCCACCCCGGGACUUCUUAUUCUUUGUCUCUUCCUAACUUUAUUGCCACCAUUUCUAAAGCUAACACCUGCAACCUGUAAAGACCGCAAAACUGAGAUGAAGGAGAUGCUUCCUGGUUGACAUGGUUACGCUUCACUCAGCAACGACGCCAGGGGUGGGGGGGGAAAUCUGAUUUGCAUGUUUUUUAGGUGAAAAUAUUGUCUUCGCCUUCACAAUCGUCACUUUUUGCAAUAGUCCAUUGUUGCCCCCCCCCACUGUCACUGUAUAUGAACAUGAAUGUAUUCAUCAAAGAGGCACAAAUUCACAUUCCUUGGCUUUGUGUAAUAAAGAUUCAAUCUAGGUUGGCUAUAAAUUGUUGCUGUUUGAAAAUAAAAGAAAUUACACGCAAAAACACUUGAGAAAGCAA